UCACGAUAUUUUAGAUGCUUAUUGAAAUCCGAAUGAAUAAGCGUCUGUACGCACAGACGUCUUCUGGAUAAAAUGGCGUCCAAUGUCUUGCGAAUGACAGGACGUCUAGCUCAAAAUACCUUUUUAAAAACAGCCCUAAGAUGUGCAGCUGCCCCACAGGUUACAGGGGCCCAGCAGAGAAGGAACCUUUCCCUGCACGAGUACAUGUCCUGGGAACUCCUGCAGGAAGCCGGUAUUAAGGUCCCAAGGUUUCGGGUCACAGAGAGCAUAUCUGAAGUCAGGAAAUGUGCCGAGGAUUUGUAUGACCAAACAAACAACAAAGAUGUGGUUGUGAAAGCCCAAGUAUUAGCAGGAGGACGAGGCAAGGGUCAUUUCACAAGCGGUCUCAAGGGAGGUGUUAAACUUUGCUUCUCUCCUGAAGAAGCGGAAAACAUAGCACAGCAGAUGUUGGGUCACAAGUUGAUAACGAAGCAGACAGGAGAGGCUGGGAGGAUCUGUAACACUGUUAUGGUUGUAGAGAGGCUGUACGCACGCAGAGAAUACUAUUUCGCCAUCGUUAUGGAUAGGAGUUUUGCUGGGCCAGUCAUGGUAGGCAGUUCCCAGGGAGGCAUGAACAUUGAGGAGGUUGCCCAGGAAAACCCCACGGCCAUCAUAAAGGAGCCAAUAGACAUCAUAUCGGGCAUUACCCGGGAGCAGUCUGUCAACCUUGCAGCAGACAUGGGCUUUGAUGCUUCCUCUAUUGAUCAGGCAGCAGACACAUUUAUGAAGCUGUAUAAUAACAUUUUCCUGAAGUACGACGCAACCAUGGUGGAAAUUAACCCGAUGUCUGAAGACAGCGAAGGAAAUGUAUACUGUAUGGACUGUAAACUAAACUUUGACCAGAAUGCAUCGUACAGACAAAAGGACAUCUUCGCUAAGCGUGACUGGACUCAGGAGGACCCCCGUGAAGAGCAGGCAGACAAGUCGGACCUCAAUUACAUAGGGCUGGAUGGCAGCAUAGGAUGUCUGGUGAAUGGUGCUGGGCUGGCGAUGGCCACAAUGGACAUCAUCAAGCUUCACGGGGGACAGCCAGCCAACUUCCUGGAUGUUGGGGGUGGGGCAACCUCCAAACAGGUCACAGAGGCCUUCAGGCUCAUCACCUCAGACCCUAAUGUCAACUCCAUCCUAGUGAAUAUUUUCGGGGGUAUUAUGCGCUGUGAUGUGAUAGCCCAGGGUAUUGUACAGGCAGGAGAGCAGCUUAAUCUCAAAAUCCCAAUAGUGGUCAGAUUGCAGGGAACAAGAGUGGAUGAUGCGAAGGCGAUCCUGGCUGCCAGUCCUCUCCGAAUGUUUGCCUCAGAUGAUCUGGACCAGGCUGCAAAAAUGGCUGUCAAGUUAGCAGGCAUCAUGACGUUAGCGAAGGAAGCGUCUGUAGAUAUUACGUUCGAACUGCCCUUGUAAAUACAGACACUUGCGUCUCUGAUUUCUAUCAGAUGUUGAUAUUGAUAUUCGUGUGAACAUACAUGGACUCUUGUUAGUUGUUGUUAUUGAAAUUCCUUGUGAUUUUUCUGUGCUGUUAGGUGGAUGUUUGAUUUUAAUUUGAUAUAUGUCACGGCUAAAUAAUUACAAGAACUAAAUGUUACCUUGUCAGUGAAAAUGAGUCAUAUGGAGGCGGUGACGUUAAAACCUAGAUUUAUCCAAUUGAUAAGAUUUAAAAUCAACAAUUCACAAUGUGUAGAAUGAUUUGAAUUACAGAUUGUAAUUUGUAGAUGUAUUGAAAAAGCUACGACUGUCUGUGCUAAAAAAGUAAGUGGCUUCCACCACCUUAACCCUCUGAAUUAUUUUUGCUGACUACAAAUGUAUGUUCAUCAUGACUUGUAAAUGUUACCAAAUCAGUUUUUAUGCGCCAAAUGAUUUCAAGGAAAGUUUGAUUAUUACAUAAAAAGUGCUAUUAUAGUAUUUAUUGACAUCCAGGGCUUCCAUUAAGAAUUUGAAACUGGAAGUAUGAACUUCCUUACCAUCAAUAUCAGAAUUUUCGCUGAAAUGUGGAAUUUAAUGUCUCUCGAACACAACAGUUUGCUCGACUUUUUUCAAAAUUAUGUUAAAAGUUAAAAAAAUUCAACUAUCUUGCCAACAUUUUUAUAUUAUAACAAUUCAUGUUACUUAAGACUGAUUGAAAGUCACCUUAAAAGUAACAUUGAUUCCAGGUUUUGUUGACACCAGGUUUUGAUAUUUUGAACUUCCAAGUCUGCAACUUAAUAGGAUGUUUUUCUAAAAAAUUAAGGAAGUUUUUGUACAUCCAAGGCAUCAAUUUUAGAAGUUUUAGCCCAUUUCUAGGGAAUAAUAUACUUCCAAACUUCCUUUAACGGAAGCCCUGGACAUCUGCACACUCAGCAUAAUAUUAAUCUGUGCUACUCAGCAUAAUAUUAAUGUUGUUUUUUGGGCAUUGAAAUAUACUUUUUGCAUUUACCGGGUUAACUUUUUCUUGGUAAGAAAUAAUAAUGACCACAAUAAUCUCUCACAAACAGCUGGGAAACGAUCUACGUUGUUAAUGAUAUACAUAUACAUAUGUGCAAAAUAAUAGUAUGACUUGAGUCAAAAUGUGUUUAGAAUUGAUUGAUUAUAAUAAGGAUAUGUUAUUUAUAUAUAAUAAAAUGUUUUGCCACUGCCA